UUGGUUCUCGACAGCCUGACCCGCCUCGCACGAGCCUUCAACGUGAAGCUGCCGAGCAGCGGCAAGACGUUGUCGGGUGGUAUGGACCCGUUGGCGCUCUACCCGCCGAAGCAAUUCUUCGGCGCGGCGCGGAACUGUGAAGAGGGCGGUAGCUUGACCAUCGUCGCGACCGCACUGGUCGAGACCGGCAGCCGUUUGGACGACUUGAUUUACGAAGAGUUCAAAGGCACCGGCAACAUGGAACUCCACCUCGACCGCACGAUGUCGGAUCGUAGGAUCUACCCUGCGGUUUCGAUGGAACGCAGCGGCACCGGCCACGAAGAGUUGCUGCAGAGCCCAGAAACUCUGCGACAGGUCUGGUACGAGGGGUACCUACGGUUGACCGACACCAACGGCGACGGUCGAUACUCCGAAAGCGAUACGCAAAGCACCAACUGGGGAGCGCGCGUGCGCGACGCGGACGGCAGUGGCGAGUCGGAUGCGGCGGUGCUCGGCGUGGCGAGCGGCUCGGUCACUAUCGAGUACCGAGAUUCGGGUGGACGUCGACGAACGCUUCGUAUCGCGAUCGAUUACGAACCGCCGCGGAUCGACAUUGAUCAGCCGCGGCAUGGGUCUUCCAGCGAUGACCACUCGCCUGAUUUCGUUGGCACAUUCGAAGACAAUGAUUCCGGUCUCGCUCAAGACUCCUUCCGACUGGUCGUCGACAACGACUCCGACUCCUCACGCAACUUCGCGCUUGAUAGCAUCGUGCCGGAAUUUCCGGUCCGAGGAAGCGGCCCGGGCGGGAGUGUGACUCGAAGAGAGGACUACGUCGGAUACAGCACCUCGAGCGACGAUCCGUUCGGUGUCAUCGAUCCGCGGCGACUAUUCGACCUCGGAGACGACUCCUGCAGUCGCAAUCAAGACAGGUGCUACAUCGAAGCUGACAACUACAACGAUGGCGCUGGCUCCGGCCGUUUCGACGAUUCUGUGCGCUUGCGGCUUGAUGGCGAUGAACAGGAGUUCGGGGUUGACUUCCAAGCUUUUGUAGUCGACAUCGCCGGGAAUGUCGGAUUCUCCGAUGCCGACCGGGACGAUCCGUACUUCAUUGGCGAUCUUGGGCAGGAAGAGUCCAAUGAACGUUACGCGCCGAAUGUGUUGGGAUACUACUCCGCGCACAUCAUCGGUCUCGAUGAGAAGGACCCGGAGAUUAGCACUAUGCGCUCCGCGACGGGCUACUACGGUCGGGACCGCGACGAUGACCCCGUGCCCGACCGGAGCGGCGUGAUGCUCGUGUUCGAUGGGCCCAUCAAUCCGUCUUCGAUCGGCUUGGGAACGUUCUAUGUCGAAUUGGACGAUGGUUCGGAGGCCGAGGUCGUGGAUGUUGAUGUCGACGAAGAACAUGUCUUCUUGAAGUUGGCGGACGAGCUCGAUUCGGACGAGACGCCGUAUGUUGGCAUCUCGGCUGGCGAGAGCAUCCGUGACUUUGCUGGCAACAUCACCUCGGGCCGCGAGUUGCCACGAUUUGAAGCGAACGACGGCAUCUCGCCUCGCCUAACCGUCACCUUGAGCGGCGGAUCGGGCAGGGGAGAGGAACACGAAGGGCCGGAUCGGCUGACGAACAGCUUCAUCAACAUCCAUGUCGAAUCGGACGAACCGUUGCAGGGCACCCCGACAUUCGUAGUCGUAUGUGAGAGUUUGAGUUGGGAAGAGACGGUUAAUGGGCGCACGAUCGAGUACGACAUCGACGAUUUCAUUGCGAACCGCCGCGGCGCCUUCCCCAGCGAGCCGGGCGAGGUCUCCGGAACCGACUACACCUGCGGAUACAACCGCGACCGAGACAGCCGUGGCGAUCCCUUCCAGCUGACUGAACGGUCGAUGAAUUCAAGACCCGGCGAGAACUGGGAAAUCGAGUGGCGCAACACGCGCAGCGGCAUCGCAUCGCUCGAAAACGGUCGACUGCGGGUCGUGGCAUUUGCGCGCGACCGGUCGCGGCACGUUCGCGAUGGUCGACCCGUACAGAGCUGGGGCGCGUCAUCGACCGACUUCACCUUGGACACCGAGUUCUUAUCUCCGUUACGACCCGGCGGCGGCGAAGUUCAACCUGACGACAACUCGACAUCCACCGAACUGCGUCCCUUCGUCUUCAUCGAAUUCGACGAGCCGACCACGGUCACACUAGACAGCGUGACGCUGGACGGCGUCGAGAUCAAAGACGACUUCACGAACCAGGAGACGAACCGCUUCGUCUACUGGCCGCCGAGCAUGUCGCGCGGAGAGCACGAGAUCGUCGUUGAGGCGACCGACGCCGCGGGCAACCCGUUGGAGUUCGAUCUCGAAUUCGUGUCUACUCAGCGAGGCGACUUCGUUCUGGACCUCGUCACCGGAUGGAACGCCGUAUCAGUACCGGCCGAUCCCAUAGAUACGAACAUCGAAACGGUAUUCACCAACCCCGCGAUCCAAGCCGUUAUCGGAUGGGACACCCAAGGAUGGCGCGUUGCGGUUCGCCGAGACGGCGUCUGGGAAUCGAGCCAAACGUUCGGAACCCUAACCAGCAUCCGUGCCCGCUACGGCUACUGGGUGAAAUCGGAAUCGUUUGUGCAGCAGCGCGUCGCGCUCCGCGGCACCAUCAGACGUAGCGACGGCGUAGUCCCGAGCCUCUACGAAAUCCCCACUCUAACGGCUGGAACUUCGUCGGCGUAG